UCUCUUGAUAAGACAGAAAUUCAGCAGUAGUACUUCCUGAAACCAUCAAGAAGAAAAAUGUCAGUGACACUGCAUACAGAUGUAGGUGAUAUUAAAAUAGAAGUUUUCUGUGAGAGGACACCCAAAACUUGUGAGAAUUUUUUGGCUCUUUGUGCCAGUAAUUACUACAAUGGUUGUAUAUUUCAUAGAAAUAUCAAGGGUUUCAUGGUUCAAACAGGAGAUCCGACAGGUACCGGAAGAGGAGGUAACAGUAUCUGGGGCAAGAAAUUUGAGGAUGAAUAUAGUGAAUAUCUUAAGCAUAAUGUUAGAGGUGUUGUAUCUAUGGCUAAUAAUGGCCCAAACACCAAUGGAUCUCAAUUCUUCAUCACCUAUGGCAAGCAGCCACAUUUGGACAUGAAAUACACAGUAUUUGGAAAGGUGAUAGAUGGUCUGGAGACUCUGGAUGAAUUGGAGAAGUUACCAGUAAAUGAGAAGACCUAUCGACCUCUUAACGAUGUACACAUUAAGGACAUAACAAUACAUGCCAAUCCAUUUGCACAAUAGCUAUAAUAGAUCUGGAAAAAUAUUUGGCAGACUAUUUAAGGAACACACCUAUUGUGGUUUACCCAGUUUUAAUUAUGUAGAAAGAUUACAUCAUCUGCCUGCCUGUUUAUAGCUAAGAUCUUCUAGGAGUUGGUGGUACCAUGAGGGCCCAAACAGCUUUCAUUUCCAUUAUUACAGCAUAUUUUUUACUAUAACUAUUAUCUAAUGUAUUUAAGUUCAAUUUUUAAAAAAACUCUUCUACUUGUAAUUUUUUGUUACACAUAAACAUUCAUAUAUAAACAGCAUUUUUGAGCACUCUGAUUACAUAUUCCUGCCAUAUCUUGUCCACAUCCUGGAAGUAGUCUUUUCCAUUAAUUAUUCACUUUGUGCAGUUAGAGUAAGGGCAAGAUAGGGAUGACCUAGAAAAGCCAGCCAGUCCAUUUUGCUAUUUUCUCUAGUCUUUAGAUUUACAGUAAAGGCUCAGAGAAGUCCUCGAGUACAGUUUAAGCACUCAAUUUCCCAACUCAUUUGCCCAUGGAACAUUUUUGAAAGCUUAUCAUUUACAGUAUUGCAGGAUAGAAUUCUACAGGUGAUCCAUUUGAAAAAUGCAGUUAGAUGGUUAAGAGCACCAGUUGUAGAGUCCUGGACUGUGUUUGAAUCACAGCUCUACCUCCUACUAGGCAGGUUAACAUCUCCCAAGUUUUCUCAUCCCUGAAGACUCCUCCCCUCAUAAGACUCAUGACGAUUGAAUCAAACAAUGUGUGUAAAGCUUCUGGCAUGUGAUAAGUGUUCUGUAGUGAGUAAAUGGAAGCUGCUCUCCUGACCUUUCCACCAUAGGGCUCUCACCUAAUCAGUCUUCAUUUAUCAAGCUAUACUAUUGAUCUCAUCAAGAACUAUAUUCUUCAGGGUACCUGGGUGGCUCAGUGGUUAAGCAUCUACCUUCGGCUCAGGU